AUGGUAGGCUUCAUCACGUCCGUCCGACGUAAAGCCAUGGUUUUCCUAAUUCGCUUCCUUUCCGGACAGCUUACAGCAGAGCUUGACCUUGACGAGAUCACCCAGCUCGAGGUUGAUUCGCGCGAUCAAGAUCGAAAGAUCAGGAUCCACGUCUAUGACCAUCCUCUACCUGAUGCCAAGAGCGGACCAAGACCGGUCCUUAUCAACUGGCACGGCAGCGGGUUCCUGGUUCCCGCUCUUGGGAGCGAUGCGGCCUUCUGCAGCACUGUGAGAAAGUCCACGGGGAUGAUUGUAAUCGAUGCAGACUACCGCAAAGCACCCGCGGAUCCUUUCCCUGCGGCUACUGAUGAUGCAUUCGACAUCCUGCAAUGGGUUUGCGGCUUCAGCGCUGGCGGCAACAUCGCCUUGGUCACUUCAACCGCAAGCUGUCAAAGCCAGUCACUCACGGCAGCAAUCCGUGGAGUCCUCGCCCUUUAUCUUGUCACCGAUCAGCAUAAGCCGCCAGAGGAGAAGAAAGCACCCUCGCCAAUCCGGCCUAUUCAGCCGUUCGUGGCCAACUUUAUCGCGGAAUGUUACAUACCUGUCUCUAUUCGGAAGGAUGAUCCUCGCAUUUCACCCACCUUUACCGAUGUCGACUUAUUCCCCCAAAAUAUGCUCUUCAUAACCUGUGAAGGAGACAACUUGUGUUUGGAAGCCGAGCAACUGGCGUCCAAGAUUCAUGAAACUGGUCGCAAUGUCAUCAGUCGGAGGUUCGAUGGUGUUGCUCACGCUUGGGACAAAUCUGUCAAGGCUGGCACCCGCGAGGAGGAGACCAGGAACGAAGCGUAUAUGAUAGCAGUGGAAUUCUUACGCGAGAACAUUGCUGUGUAA